AUGGCAUCGCCAGACUCGCUCGAACGACAGGCAAAGCUCGAGACUGGUCCCUUGCUCCCGCUCCUCCCGCCAAAGCCCCUCACCCGCUCGCUGCCCCCACUUCCUCCGCGACCCGCAAACGCAGCGCCCAUCCACGCCGGCUGGACCUGCGAGCGACACAUCCUCCCUGCGGCAUUCCCACGGUCGUACGCCGGCUCGACGAAGCGGCCGGACGAGCCAAAGACCAACCCUGCGGAACCGGCACCCGGGGCGAAGAGGGCAAACCCGAAGGAGGCGCUCGCCAAGCUGCUUCAGCCUCAGGUGGAAGGCUACCGCCGACACGUACGGCUCGAAGAUGAGGAGGAACUGGCCAGGCAGGAGCAGCUUGUCGUCGCAGCAAACAGGUAUCGGCCUGAGCGACGGAGGACAGACGAUGGGCCUGGCUUGACGCUCGUCUUUUCGCAUGCAAACGGUUUCUACAAAGAGGUGUGGGAACCGGCUUUGUCGUCCGUCCUCGCGCAACUCGAAGCGAACGACCGCUCUCUACCCAUCGACGAGAUCUGGGCGCUCGAUUGCAUCAACCAGGGCGACUCGGCUGUGCUGAACGACGACGUGCUGGGCGACGUCUUCCACUGGGCCGAUCAUGGGCGUGACUUGCUCAACUUUGUCAUCAACUACGUUGACUCGCCAUCAACCAACACGGCGGAUUCUCUCCUGAAGCCCGCCAGCAACGUCCCCGUCGACCUCUUGCAACUCGAUAACGCGCCGGUCCUUCCUCCCGGCUCGCCUUCACCCGCCUCUCGCACAUACCGUAAGAAGCUAAUUGUCGCAAUCGGCCACUCGCUUGGCGGCGGCGCAACAGCCUACGCCGCCUCCGCCUGCCCUUCGAUCUUCUCGUCCGUCAUCUUCGUCGACCCCGUCCUUCCUCGGCCGAACUACGAAGGCCGCAGCAUGGAGGUGCUGACGACGGGUGCGCUAAUGCGGCGCGAGAAGUGGAAGUCGAGGGAGGAGGCGCUCGACGGUUUCUUGAAGAAGCCGUUCUUUACGGUUUGGGACAGGCGAGUCCUGGACGGCUAUGUCGAUUAUGGCAUGAAGGAGGUCGAGGACGGCGUCGCGCUCAAGUGCACGGCGAAGAGCGAGGCUCUCACCUUCAUGGACCCUAUGGCCGUCGCCUCCCGCCGCGCCUGCGCCCGCCUCUCGCUCAUCCCUCCCUCUCUCCCCGCGCACUUCAUCUUCGCCGACGAAGGCCGCUCAGUCCUGCAAGAAGACUGGAUCGAGUUCAUCCAGAAGGAGGCGAUCCCGCACUCCACUGCGUCGAGGGUCGAAGCGGGUCACCUUGUGGUGCAUGAGAAGCCAGACGAGACGGCGAGUCGGAUUGUAGACUUCUUGGAGAAGACGUACCCGCGCCAGAAGCGGGCGAGGUUGUAG